AUGGCGCCCACCACGAGCAGCAAAGGCAAGGCGACGAAGCCGGGCGGCGGGAAGGCUUCUGCUGCACCGCGCAGCCGCAACACGACGCCGCUGUCCAAUGCGGGCCCCUCAGUCGAGCCGCCGUCCGGGUCGACGGCGACCUACUUUGAGAAGCCACUGAGCAGCGCCCUGAAGCGAUGCAGCACCACCAUGGAAGACAUUCUGGACACAGGCAGCAGCGGCGGCAGCAACGGCACCAUCCCGUCGGGCAGCACGCUGCUCAAGAUGCGCGACCAGGUCGACAAGACGGUGCUGAGGAGCAUCGAGACGCGGUGCACGCAGGCCGAGGCGGCGUUGAGAACGCUGCACAGCCUGCGCAAGAACCGCGGCCCCCGCGAAAGGAAGGACGACAAGGACGAGGACCGGAAGCACAAGCUGAAGAAAGUCGGCAAGAAGCAUGACGCGGACAGCAAGCACCCUCCUGCCGUGGGCGCACACGGACUUGCCCGGCAGGAUGGCCUCGACGUCAAGGGAGACUCCACCAUGUCCUCUCCCGCAUCACAGCCACCCGCUGCGGCCGCCGACGCCCCGCAAGACGCAGCGUCGCCCAGCGGGUCAGACGUCUCGCACCAGCCUGCGCCCGCGCCCGCGGUCCCGCAGUAUCAGACGUUCGGCGAGGACCCCGUCAAGUUCGACGACCCGACCGUCUACCACAUCCGCGACGUCACCCCGGGCAUGACAGACGAAGAGAAGAAGGAAAUCUUCUCCGUCGCCGUCUUCCCACCCUCGAAUUUGCACGACAAGAUCGCUGGCCUCCCACCAGACAAGGACUUCUCCAACGCCAAGCCUGCGACUCAGGUCAAUGCUACCGUCUUCGCUAACUACGUCGAACCAUACAUACGGCCGCUGACGGAGGAGGAUGUGGCGUUUUUGAAGGAGCGCGGCGACCGCAUAGGCCCCUUCGUGCUCCCAAGACGGGGUCAGCGACACUACAAGGCCAUCUGGGCCGAGGAGGACGGGGCCAUGCACAUUGACUCGAACGAUAGUCGGCCCUCGACAAACGUUCCACGAGGCACAGAGGAAGAACUGACGGACGCUACUCUCGAGACGGAGCACGUCUCUGCGGGGCCACUCCUGUCUCGCCUGCUGGCUACCUUGCGGCCAGAAGGACGGGGAAACCAGAACAGCUCCGGCGAAACAAAUGGAAUCAACGGCGAUGCCAUGGACAUUGACGAAGGCGCCGGCGCGCCUGCAGACACCACCAAUACGAACUCUCUCCCCUCGGCAACACAGCUUCCCGAUUUCAUGGGCCGCGUCCCACAACAGAGCAGCGGGCAUGCCGACUACGCCACGCUCGAAGAGCGCAUGCUCAUGGAACUGAAGCACUACGGAUUCCUGUCAGAAGCCGAUACCGAGCAACAAUCCUACGACUCGCACUUUGAUGACGAGGUCGCCCAGCGCCUGCGCUUCCUGCAAGAAGAGCUACGGAAACAGUCCAUUGUCAACGGCGCACGCAAACAGCGCCUCCUCGAGCUAACAGAGGAACGCAUCGCACAACAAGAGUACAACACCAUCGCCGACGACCUAGACAACCAGCUCAACGCCGCAUACCUCAAGCGAAACAGGAACAUUGGAAAGGGCAAGAAGCAGAACAAACGCCCUGGUGGUGCUGGCGGCGGCUCACAUGCGGUUGCAAACGCAGGCAUUACGAGGCCUGGUGUUGGCGAGCCGAUCAGAACGCUCAUGGAGAGGAGAACCCAGUGGAUCAACACCAUCGGUCCUGUUGUGGAGUACGGCAAGACCGGGCUACCGAAAGACAGCAUUUUCCCCGAGGAUAAGAUGAAGGAGCUUGAGAGUCGCGAGGUGGAGAUUUGGAACACCGAGGCGGAGGAGUAG